AUGGCCCCGUCAACCGCACUCGCCUGUGCGCUGCGCUCCCUGCCACCGCGCUCCCUCGCCCCACGCUCCUUCGUCCAGGACGCCCGCUCCACCGCAGACAGCUUCAAGUCCUGGGACACAUGUAUGGACAACAAGACGUGCAAGAUCGUGGCGAUCGUGGGCAUCGUCGUGGCCUGCGUGGUCGCGAUAUGGAUCGUGGGCUCGCUGCUGCGAUGCUUCGUGCGCGGGGCGUCCGGGUUCGGCGAGUUCUGCUGUUGGUGCUGCUGUCGGUCGCGCACACCACGGGCGCCCGUGCAGACGGCAGCGUCGACGGGACCUGUCGCACCGCCGGGCCAAGUGCCCCCCAUGGUGGUUUACCAGCCCAUUGCCGCGCCCACAAGCCAGCCCGCUGCCUACUACCAAGAAUCGCACAGCGUUGAGGAGAUCGAACAGGACUUUGACCUCGAGGCCCAGCGUCUCCAACGCGACGACCGCCUCCCGGCCAGCAAACCUGCCGAGCACUACAACAUGUCUGUAUACCACCCGCGACUCACCACGACCCCGUACCCCCGCGACGCGGACGGUUUCCCGGCGGACGAGCCUCCCCCAUCUCAGUAUCACUACCGACACGGCAACUACUAA